UGUGGCUCAAACUACAGACGCCCAGAGUACACUGACAUUUCGGUGGACUGUGGGACCACCACCAUCGGCCUGGCUAUUCUUGUGUGUCCAGUCAUAUACACGGGCUACAAUGAGUCCCUGCUGGUUCUGAACAGCAUCAUGAACGACCCGGGCUGCAAGGGGACUCUGGACAACUCCGUCACACCCCCAGUUGUGCGAUUCAGAUUCCCCCUGAACCAGACCAGUGCCUGCGGCAGCAUUUUCCGGACAACCAGCGCGCCCGGCACUGGGAUAUUCUCAGACUUCUCCAACAUCCAGACGGUCAACAUCAGUGGCGUGGUUCGAUCGAAUGACCCCACCACAGGAACUGUGACCUACAAUGCAGAGCUAAAGUAUUUUUACUCGUGUGCCUACCCACUGGAGUACCUCAUCAACAACACACGGAUUGAUGUGUCGGCCUCCUCCAUUGCGGUGAAGGACAACAAUGGGAGCUUCAUCAGCACUCUCAGCCUCCAGCUGUACAAGGACGCAAACUACACCUCCCCGCUGGUGAUCCCACCCCUGGGCAUUGAGCUGCGGACGAACGUCUACGUGCAAGUCAAGGCCACCAACCUGACCUCCCAGUACUAUGUGCUUCUGGACAGAUGCUACGCCUCCACAUCGCCGCACCCCACGAACUCAACCUUUUUCAACCUCUUUGUCUCGUGCUCAAAAGACCAGCUGACUACCAUGCGUGAGAAUGGAGAGAGCCAGAACGCUCGGUUCUCCUUUCCGGCCUUCCGUUUCAUCGAGCAGCAGAACGAGACUGUCUCCACCUACUACCUGCACUGCAUCACCAGGCUCUGUGAGAGGAGUACCUGCAGUACAUUCAAGCAAUGCAACAGGAGGAAGAGGAGCGUGGAGGCCACCACGCCCAUGCCGGAUGGCGUGUCGGGUUCCACCACCGUCACUUCCCCACCCAUCAUCACCAAAACAGAGAGCAUUCUGGCAUCUAAAGAAGAAGCACUGUCUGGCUCUGACGGUGGGUCCAACUCCGUCGGUCUGGGAAUAACAGUCGGGGUCCUGGCUUUAGCAUGCAUCGUCCUGGUCGGCAUGGGAACCUUCUUCUACAAGAGGAUGAAACACCCCGGCAGCUCCAAGAUGCUCCAUAACUAA